GUCCAUUGUUGCGUAUCGCCCGCCUGCAAGGGGAUCGCGGGCUGUGCACGCUGAGUAGGAAUUCAACCUAGCUGAAGUGAAGAAGGCGAACAUCUCGGCGUGUCAACACCCUUUCCACCAUCUAGGACAUCAUGGCUGACCCGGAAAAGCAGCCCGAACAACCCAAGGCUGUAGGAACUAAGAAGCCUGUCCUCGCCAACAAGGUCACCGGGACUGUCAAGUGGUUCAAUGUCAAAAGCGGAUACGGUUUCAUCAACCGGAGUGACACGAAAGAAGAUGUCUUCGUGCACCAAUCUGCUAUUGUCAAGAACAAUCCCCGCAAAGCCGUAAGGAGCGUGGGAGAUGGCGAAACCGUUGAAUUUGACGUCGUUGCCGGUGAGAAAGGCAAUGAAGCUGCAAACGUGACUGGACCCGGUGGUGAAGCCGUCAAAGGAUCCCCAUACGCUGCUGACCGCCGCCGUAACUACCGCAGCUGGUUCUAUGGAGGACGAGGACGUGGUCGUGGCGGCUAUGGACCACCGAGAGGAGAUUUUUCAGGUUAUGAGAGCGAGGGCAAAGGUGACGACGGUUCCGGAAACGAAGGAGGUGGCCGACGCUACAGACCACGCCAAAGGUAUAACAACUACGGCGGCUACCGCUCUGUUCGCCGACCAUACAACAGAGGAGAUGGGCAGCCUGGCGAAGACCAAGACAGAGCGAUACAGGGUGGAAGAGGAAGAGGAGGUCCCCCACGUAGAUUCUUCCGUCGUAACUUCCGAGGAGGACGCCCCCCAUACCGUCCACGAAGUGAGAACAUGAACAAUGGUGAUGGAGAAGGGAGACCGAGGCAGCCGUACCGUAAACGAUUCUCCCGUGGACGAGGCGGAGCACGAUCAACAUCUGCGGAAGGUGGCAAAGCCAGUGAUGCGGCUCAAUCUGUUCAGAACACCACCACAGAAAGCAAUGCUUAAAAUCGUACCUUUAAACCCCUUAAAAUAAAACUUUUGAUAGUACUCUUUUGUUUCUUUCUUUUCCCAUCAAAUUAAAAGAUGAGCAUUUAACAAAAAGGGGACUUGAACUUCAUUUUGUGUGUCUGAUAUGAAAGAUAGUUGACAUUAUUCUUAACACGAAGGGUUUUCUCUAAGAAAUACCAUCUUCUCUAAUAAUAAAAAACUAAAAAUCUUUGCGUGCACAAUUCCUUUUUCGAAACCAACGUAGUGGAUAUCAGUUUGUGACAUCAUCGUAUUAUUUUUUUUACAUCGCUUCGGCAUUUGCGUAAAAGGCUCUUUUGUACCUCAAAUUUUUUUUCAUCGUACUUUAAUUUUCUAGUCUUUCGAAUCUCUGUAUCAGUUUUUACAAUCCCAUCGCGCGACAUCCGUUAUCGAGCAUGUGAUUUUAAUCAUCAAAACAAUUUUUUUUUCCCACUCCUAUCAAGAAUCGACUAAAGGUUUGAAUCAAAGUUUGUUUUUACUUCAACUGGAACGACUUAAUCUGUUUUUUAAUCUUUUGGUUGUUUAAAACACAAAUUUGUUUACUUAAUUUAUUCGCAGUAUUGUAUAAGAGAAAUAUUUAUUUACUUAUUUAUUGGCAGUAUUGUAUGAUUUAUGUUCUUUUUUUUUACACCUAUACAUAUAUAUAUUUCUACAAAUAUAUAUUUAUAAAAUUUGUAACGACAGUAUUUUUAUGAAAUUAAUGUUAAGACUAGAGAAUGUUUCUGUGUUUACAAGUUGAUCUUGUAACUUGAUUUUUUUAAUAAAGAGCCUUUUUCUGAAUCUCAUCAA